AGCUGCGCCUGCGUGGCAGAGAGGGGAAGUGAGGCGGUUUCCUCGGCGCCUUUUCCGGCUGUGGCUGUGGCUGAGCUGGGAGGAGGCUGAGGAGGAGGAGGCAGCGGCAGCGGCAGCGGCAGCGGCAGCGGCAGCCGGGGGACCCUCCGUACAGGGCGGUGGCCGGAGGUAGCUCAUCGAGUUCCUCCGGGGAUCAAUGACCUGACGAGGAGCCGGAGUCGCCGCUGUCGCUCGGAUAGUGAGGGUCGGUAGUUCAGCGGACGGGCGGGCCGGGGUCUCCGGCGGCGACGGGGCCUGGAGAGACGGCAGGCAGUCCGAAGAGCAGGCCGAGCGGGAGCGGCGGCGCUCGGUGCCUGGGGGGGAAGGGCAGUUCCGGGCUGGGCCUCACCAGGGCGGCGGCUCCCCGCGGCUCAGCUUCUGGCCGUCGGCAGCGACAGGAGGAAGCCGGGCUUGGGGCCGGUGAUGUCCGACUGAGCGGGAGCCCGGUAUUCAGCCCUUAAGCGGCACCGGCAGCUCGCCCAUUGCAGGCCGCAGUGUUCUCGCGGCUGGGCGGGAUCGCUUCGGUUUCCUGGAGGCUGCGGCGGCGGCGGUGGCUAAGGGGACGUGGGAUACCUGAAUGCCCCCAGCCCCGGCUCUUCCGUCGCGAUGGGGAAGGUGCUGUCUAAGAUCUUUGGGAACAAGGAAAUGCGGAUCCUGAUGCUGGGGCUGGACGCCGCUGGUAAGACCACUAUCUUGUACAAGUUGAAGCUGGGCCAGUCGGUGACGACCAUCCCCACCGUGGGCUUCAACGUGGAGACGGUGACUUACAAAAACGUCAAGUUCAACGUAUGGGACGUGGGCGGUCAGGACAAGAUCCGGCCGCUCUGGCGGCAUUACUACACCGGGACCCAGGGGCUGAUCUUCGUAGUAGACUGCGCCGACCGAGACCGCAUCGAUGAGGCCCGCCAGGAGCUUCAUCGCAUCAUCAACGACCGGGAAAUGCGGGACGCCAUCAUCCUCAUCUUCGCCAACAAGCAGGACCUGCCCGAUGCCAUGAAACCGCAUGAGAUCCAGGAAAAACUGGGCCUGACCCGGAUUCGGGACAGGAACUGGUAUGUGCAGCCUUCCUGUGCCACCUCAGGGGAUGGACUCUAUGAGGGCCUCACAUGGUUAACCUCUAACUACAAAUCGUAAUGAGCAUUCACAACCCAUCAUACCCCCAUUCCCCAUCUCCCCUCAGGAGAGAAAUAAAAACAACAACAAAAAAACAACACAUAGGAUUAUCACCACCUUCACCUCCAAUGCCACUUUCUCUUUCGAAUUUGGACUCUGGAGUUACUGUUUUACGGUUUGGGGAGGGGGGUUGGGUUGAGGGGGUUUCUCUUUGUUUUUUUCUUUUAUUUCUUUUUCGUUUAUUUGUUUUUUUGCUUUGCUUUAGGAUGCUCUAGUCUGACAUUUGACAUGAACACAAAGUACUAGGUGCUCUUGAUGACUUCCAGCAAAUAGGGUGGGGGAAAAUAUAGCAACUCUUGAUAUGGUCUUUAUAAUAAUGGUUUGAUUUUUUUAUUUUGAUGGAAUUUUUUUUUCAAUGUAUGUCUCCCCCCUUUUACCCAGUUACCUUAUCACUUGCUGUAGAUGGCUUAUUUUGCAUUCAUGCAGACGAUGUUGCAAGUCUGUUUCAUCUAGUAAACUGAAAAUUAUUGCUUAAUCAAA